CAGUUUCUUCGGCACCUCCUCCAGCUGAGCUGUGUCGGCACUGGAACCAGAAGAUCUGCUUAACCAUGAAGCUACUCAUCCAGACCUUCACCAUCUGCCUGGCUGUCUCUCUCUGCCUGGCAGCUCCCUCGCAUCAUCAUGACCAGGUUGAAGGUGAUAAGACUGAGGCAGAGCACAUCGAGAGAGAGCAGUGCAGCCAUGUGCACCUGGAUGCCAUCACUGAGGAUGAUGAUCAUGAUCUGUUUGCUUUCAGAGGCCACCACUAUCUCAGUAAAAUCGAUGACAAAUAUCAUGCUGGAACUAUUGAGAGUGCCUUUAAAGGUCUGCACGAUGAUAUUGAUGCUGCCUUCUCCCAUGAAGAGCACAUACACAUAGUCAAGGAUGACAAAGUGUACGUCUAUAACAUAUCACACAAACAAGGAGAGCCUCACACACUCCGAUCAGGUUACCCCAGAAGUGUGAAGGAUGCACUGGGCCUUGAGGGUCAUAUAGAUGCUGCGUUUAUUUGUCCCAAUGUUCAUGUUGUUCAUGUCAUCCAAGGUAAUAAAAUAUAUGAUGUGGAUAUAAGCCAUGAGCCACCUACCCAUACAGAGGCAAAAACAAUUCCAUAUAAGCAUGUUGAUACUGCCAUGUGUAAUGCAAACGGUGUGUCGGUUGUGGUUGAUGACGACUUCUACCACUAUCAGUCCCCUGCUAUAUUUGUUACUGCCAGGAUCCUGCCUGGGAAGCAGGAUGUGGCCAAGGAACUGCUUGGCUGUGUUGACAAUAGCCCUGGCCAUAAGAACAACAAUGACCAUGCCCAUCAUGGCAAUAAAAAUCACCAUCACUUUGAUCGCUGCAGUGAAUUAGUGUUUGAUGCUGCAAUUGAGGACAAGGACGGAGUUCACUACUUCUUUAAGGAUGAUCAUGUGUUUAAGGGGUUUCAUGGUGACGGUGAGCUUACAAAUAAGACCUUCCCUGAGUUGGAUGACCAUCUCCUGGGACACAUAGAUGCAGCAUUCCACAUGCCAUCUGAGGACAGUCCUGACCACCAUGAGCACCUGUAUUUCUUCCUGGAUGACAAGGUUUUCAGCUACGAAAAUCACAAGCUGGAAGAUGGUUAUCCAAAAGCCAUCUCUGAGGUAUUCCCUGGUAUUCCAGAUCAUUUGGAUGCUGCAGUUGAGUGCCACAAGCCUGACUGCCCCAAUAACACCGUAGUCUUUUUCAAGGGUCAUGAAAUCUACCACUUUGACAUUGACACCAAGGAGGUCCAUGAGAAAGAAUUUAAAAGCAUGCCCAACUGCUCGGCUGCCUUCCGCUAUGCAGGACACUAUUACUGUCUGCAUGGCCACGAUUUCUCCAAGUUCAACCCCAAUACUGGUGAAGUUCAUGGAAAAUAUCCAAAGGAGGCCCGUGAAUACUUCAUGAGUUGUCCCCAUUAUGGUGAUAAGACUGAGGCAGAGCACAUCGAGAGAGAGCAGUGCAGCCAUGUGCACCUGGAUGCCAUCACUGAGGAUGAUGAUCAUGAUCUGUUUGCUUUCAGAGGCCACCACUAUCUCAGUAAAAUCGAUGACAAAUAUCAUGCUGGAACUAUUGAGAGUGCCUUUAAAGGUCUCCAUGAUGGCAUUGAUGCUGCCUUCUCCCAUGAAGAGCACAUACACAUAAUCAAGGAUGACAAAGUGUACGUCUAUAACAUAUCACACAAACAAGGAGAGCCUCACACACUCCGAUCAGGUUACCCCAGAAGUGUGAAGGAUGCACUGGGCCUUGAGGGUCAUAUAGAUGCUGCGUUUAUUUGUCCCAAUGUUCAUGUUGUUCAUGUCAUCCAAGGUAAUAAAAUAUACGAUGUGGACAUAAGCCAUGAGCCACCUACCCAUACAGAGGCAAAAACAAUUCCAUAUAAGCAUGUUGAUACUGCCAUGUGUAAUGCAAACGGUGUGUCGGUUGUGGUUGAUGACGACUUCUACCACUAUCAGUCCCCUGCUAUAUUUGUUACUGCCAGGAUCCUGCCUGAGAAGCAGGAUGUGGCCAAGGAACUGCUUGGCUGUGACCAUCAUGUGUGAGGGAAAGAGAGAAGAGAACACCACAUCUAAAGGAGGACUACACACCUUCCAUCCUCUAAAUAAUGCAAAGUUAAAAUCUAACCAUUCUGUAGUGGUGUUCCUCUCACUUUUAUCACUCUGGCCUCAAAUGCAUCUUCCUACCUCUGGUUCUUUGUUUAACUAAGCCUGACUAUUGUUACAAAAACUGAAAAUUAAGCCAGGUCUCUUUUUUGCCACUGUGCAGUGUACCAUUUCAAAUAGCUGUAUUCAUACAACAAAACUAUUAUUUCUGUCAGUGCUGUCUGUCAUCAUAGACAACCACCUGUGCACAUUGUGGCUGAUGAAUAAACUAAAGUAAAAUCA